AUGAUCGUCGCGUUGCGCUCGUCUAUCCCGGUCGCCGUAUAUCCGUGUCUCGACUUGCAGUCUUGCCGCCUAAACCUUACACACUCCCCCCCCCAAUCCCCCACCUCCCCCGCGCCCGUCUCUCCCGGCGGCUGCGGUGAAGGCGGAACCAACGCUGACGUGGCAAGUAUCCUGGAGCAGAUCUGCCCGUGGAACGCGGUGGAGUUCGGGUAUCCGGGGUCUCUUAAUUACCGGUCGCUGCUGCUUGAUUUUCAGGGGCAAUUAGUGUCGCCUUGGCACCAUGUGCCGCUGCACGCUAAGAACGGCGCGCUUCGCUUUGUGUGCAAGACGCCGCAGGACUCGUGGGUGCGCUACGAGACCGCCAAGGCGGAGGAUUUCACCCCCAUCCGCGUCGAGCGCGCGGCUUCCGCGGGUCCUUCCGCCGCUGGCGCGAGCGGUCGCCCAGGGGCGGGGAGUGGGGCGAGCGCGCAAGGGGAAGGAGAAGCAGAAGGCGCGGGUGGCGAGGUUCACAUGAGGGGCACGGGGGGAGGAGCGGAAGGGAAGUCAGUAGGACAAAAGAAUAUUCGUUAUAGAGGGCUGCAUUAUGCGGAGAACUCGAUAUUCAACAUUGGGUUCUUGCCGCAGACUUAUGCAGAUCCCGAGCAGCCUGUUAGCGCGGAUUUAGACCUUCUCGCGAGCAUGGCGGGCGGCACAGGGGGGGAAGGGGAGGAGUGGGGAGAACAAGGAGGGGCAGGAAGCGGGAACGGCGAGGGGGACCACGCGGAGGACGGGCGCGAUGGGGAAGGUGAGAGGGAAAGAGAGAGAGCGAUGGGGAGCGAGGGGGAACUGCCACAGCAGCAAGGGCAACAGGAGCGGGGAAAGCACGAGCUGCAGCAGCAGCAGCGUGGGGUGUGGGGAAGGCGAGUGCUGUCGUGGAAGCUGGUGGUGGUAUCGACGGAGGAUGCUCUAGCGAGCACGCUGCAGGGCAUGCAGGCGCCCAUCCCCGUGCUCGCUGGCGUGCUCGAGCAGAUCCAGGAGUGGCUCCGCUUCUGCACCUGCGUGCAACCAGGCGACGAGGAGUGCGAGUUCGCGCUGGGAGACGCGCCAGCGAGCAUGCAGGCGGCCAUGGUGGUGAUAGCGCAGGCGCACGCCGCCUGGCAGCUGCUCUCGCACGACACCCCUCCGCCCAGCCCCUGGCUGCCCUCCGAUCGCAUCCUCUCCGCCUCUGUACUGCACCAGCACUGGUCCGAUAAGGGCUACCUCUCGCUUUCCUCUUCUUCUGCCUCCUCUGCUUCCUCCUCUGCUUCCUCCUCCUCCUCCUCCUCCUCCUGCUCCUCCUCCUCCUCCUCCUCCUCCUCCUCCUCCUCCUCCUCCUCCUCCUCCUCCUCCUCCUCCUCCUCCUCCUCCUCCUCCUCCUCCUCCUCCUCCUCCUCCUCCUCCUCCUCCUCCUCCUCUUCCUCUUCCUCCUCCCUCUCCUCCUCCUCUGCAACAGACGCCAAGGCAGCCUUCCUCCCAGACUCUCGCAUUUCCCUUUACCCGCCGCGGCAAGCACCUUCCUUUUCCUUCUCCCCCACUCGUCCGCUUUCCGCCUCCGCCUCCCCCUCUUCCAACCUCACCGCCCCCCCUCCAGACGCCAUCCCCCUUUCGGAUAAUCGCAUCUGCUCUGGCCGCAAGCACGACCGCAUCUGGGCGCGUGCUUCUAUAGACUCCCUCACUUCCACUUUAAACGAAUCAGGCCACAAACGAGGCGGCAGGAGCAUGGGGAGGGAGAGGGCAAGGGAAGGAUGCGGGGCAAGGAGCGGUGGGGGGAGCUUGAUGGAGAGGGGAGAGGGGAGGAGAGAGGGGUGGAGGGAGGAGGGUGUGGGGUCGUUUAAGGGGAAGGGAGCAGCAGAUUCAUUAAGGAGACGGGAGACAGGUGGUACCAGAUCGGGAGGGGCAGCAGCGGGAGAAGCAGCAGGAGAAAUGAAUUGGAGACGGGGGGAAGGGCGAGCAGAUGACAAUGAGAAACAGUUUCUGGCGAAGUGCACAACUCCCCCGUGCUCUUCCUCCUCCUCUUCCUCCUCCUCUUCCUCCUCCUUCCUCUCCUUUGCCCGCCUCUCCGCCACUCAUCCCCGCAGUAAGCACAAAUCAGGAUCGUCGGAUUUUUCUGCGGAUUUCCAGUUCCAGGUGGCAAGGGCAGUGCAGGAGGGGGGUGAGAGUGCACACACAGGAAAAGGGAGAGCCCGUGCUUCUUCUUCCAAUGCUGCUGCUUCUUCCGCUUCCGCCGCCGCUGCUUCUCCGUCUGCUGCCACUGCUGGUGGUGGUGGUCCUCCCCUGCCCAGUCCCUCCCCCAAGCCUCGCCACACGCGCCACCGGCCAGGAUUUGGUAGCUUCGGCAGCAGCUUCGUUAGCAGCUUCAGCAGCGGGUUCGGCAGCAGCUUUGAUGCUGCAGCAGCGGAAGGAAGGGGAGGAGCAGGAGGGGGGAAGGGAACCCCUUUUUCUGACAGGGAGGCCUAUCUAGACAACCAAAGAAGCUUUGCUGCAACUGCUUUUGAUGCCACUGCUGCUGCUGGAGCAAGUGGGUUGGACGUGAGUGUGAGGGGGGUUGACCCGAUUGGCACCAACGGCAGCAGCGCCAGAAGCAGCUUCCGUAGUGCCAGUAUGCGCAAAGGAGGAGCUGUAGGAGGAGAAGGAGGAGUAGGCGGAGGGGAAGGAGGGGGAGGAGGAGGGAGAGGAGGAGGGGGGGGAACAGGGCGAUGGAGAGGAGUGGCGACAGACAGCAGUGGGGCUUCCGUACCUGCUGUGUAUCCUCCUGGAUUUCCGGGAGCAGCAGGUGGUGGGUCAGAAGGGCUCGUGGGGAGCGUGUUGGAUGGUGUGUGUACAGCAUGUGAGUCUGACGCCUCUUCUCCCUCCUCCUGGUCGCUCUCCUCCUUCCCAGGCAGUGUUGCCAGCAGCCUCUGCAGCAGCAGCAGCAACAACCUGCCUGUGUUAGCAGCAGCGGCGGCAAUGGGGAGUGGCAGCCGUAUGAGUGGAUUGCGUGGUGGCUGGGUUGAUGGUGCUGGUGCUGCUGGUAUUGCUAGUGCUGGUGCUGGUGCUGGUGGGGCUGUCAUGGAAGAGCUUGCUGGUGCUGAGCCGCCCGUUGAGCUUCAACAGCUGCCCUCUCAGCAACAGCAGCAGCAACAGCAACAGCAGCAGCAGCAGCAGCAGCAGCAGCAGCAGCAGCAGCAGCAGCAGCAGCAGCAGCAGGCAGUGUCACUGUUGCAGCGCAGGAGGCAGCAGCACCAUCCGUCUCUCACUCUCUCGCCCACGCAUGUCAAGGGAAGGACACUCACGGCUCCUCCCGCUGCCAACGCUGCUGCUGCUUCUGGGGGGCUAAUGUCCGGCCGCCAGAACACUGCAGUGGGAGAGGACCCUUUCUCUCCCUCCUCCUCCUCCUCCUCCUCCUCCUCCUCCUUGCCUUCCUCCUCUUCUGCUCUCAACGCGUCGGGCAUCACUCGCACCGCCUCCCUUCCCGACUUGCUCGCCCCGUUCUCGUCCUCCCCCUCAUCGCACCCCCUGAGGCCUGCAAUCCCACACACCCCACCAGCAGCAGCAGCAGUGCCAAUGGCAGCAGCAGCACGUGCUACAGGCCCCGUGGGGUUUCAAGUGCGUGCCCCAAUCAGCCCCUCCGCCCGCCGCCCCCCCAAGGGCGGCUCCUCCCCUCGCCAGCCCAGCGCUCACCCGCUCGCAACCCCCACUCCUAAUGAAUCAGCUGUUAACGAGUCCAGCACUGCAGCAGCCAGUUCUACAGCGGAGUGUGCCCCUCUCCCUGCUCUCCCUGCCCCACCUUCCAGUCUGCCUCCGCCGCUCACAGCCCCCCCUAGAAGACAAGGGUCCAGGCGAAUGGUAUCCUUUCAUGCAGUGGUGAAAGUGUAUGAAUUCACAGAGGCAGAGGAUGAGGAGGACGAUGAGGGCACUGAGGAGGAACAGCUUUGGCCCGCGGGCAAGUAUCUGUAG